AUGCUUAAUUCUGAGUACACGGAUGAUUGUGAGCGUUUAGCGGAGCCCCGUACGCAUCAUCUGCCUCCAGAGCUCCCGACUUCUAGACGCAGUAACCGCCGACGUUUGCACGCUGAAACACUUUUGCAAUUUAACUACGUUGCUUAUCGAUUUCGUCUGUGGCGCAGUACCUCGCUUCUGUGGCCUUGGCCGCGUUCAGCUGGUGUCCUAGCGUCGCGGCCGAUUUCGCGUUAUCUCAGUUUUCUGCCUGACCGGUUCCCUGUGUUGAGCCUCUUGCCAAGAUAUGGUCAGUCAUCCAACGACACAGACUGGUCUUUUGGUCUUGGAAUUGGAACAAAUUUGGGUGUGUUGGCCGUCGUGUCUGGCUUCUGUUUGAGUAAUAUCGAUGAUGAUGUGGAGUGCUCUCAUCUUGGUACUCCCAAGCUGCCGGUCACUGUUUCUUGUGCCGAGAAGGCACGGCAACCACCUCAAGGCAGUCGCCAGGCCGCAAUCCAAGCACUCGAUGUGGUAGCGGACGUGGCUCAGGAUGCGCAACCCGCUGUCGUCUCAAUCACCAGUAUAGAUAAAGGUUUCCUCGCUCGCCACACUCAGUCCACCGGCUCUGGGUUCAUCAUUGAUGGCUCUGGACAUGUAAUCACUAACGCACACGUCGUGGGCUAUCGGAACAACGUGUUUGUCCACUUAUCCGAUGGUCGUUCAUUUCCCGGUCGUGUCCUUGCAGUCGAUGUCUCCUCCGAUUUGGCCAUUAUACGGCUUGAUGUGAAGGAGGCCACUGCGAAAUCGCUGCCCCAACUACGACUGGCUCCAGAUCUAACGUCCGUCCGCCCUGGUCACUUUGUGCUGGCCCUUGGGAGCCCACUGAUGCUGGCCAACAGUGUCACUGUUGGGGUUGUGUCCGCCUUGAAUCGUGAUCUUGGUCACUCAGAGGGACUGAAAUACAUCCAAACGGACGCCAUCAUCACGUUCGGUAAUUCCGGUGGCCCACUCGUUAACCUGUACGGUGAAGUGAUCGGUGUGAACGCAAUGGUCGCCGGGACGGGCGUUGGCUUUGCCAUUCCAGUGGAUCAAGUGCGCAAGUUCGCCCAGUUAGCUUUGGAAGCUGUGUCUCGUGCCGGCAAACCCCCUCCUGCGCCAAAUAUGCUUGGCCCUUCGGGCGAUUCCUACGUCAUCACUGAAUCAGAUGCGAGCGAUCGUGGUUCUUCUCAACGUCGCUACCUUGGUCUUGUGAUGCGAACACUCACUCCGGAAUUGGCGUUCGAACUUUCCUCCCGCGGCGGAGCUCAGUUCCUGGAUGUCACAGAAGGGGUGCUUAUACAUGCUGUCAUGAAGAACUCUCCUGCCCAGAGAGCUGGCUUGAGGGCCGGUGAUGUGAUCAUCGCCAUCGACGGACUACCAAUCACCAAUGCACAGCAAGUAUACUCCGCAGCUGAAAAUCGCGAUGAACUGUCUAUCACUGUGUUGCGGAGGGGGAAAAAGAUGAAUUUUCACAACAUUCACACGGAGAAGGUUUAG